AAAAGUGAAUUAAACGAAACCACGAAACAGUUACUUUCAAAAUGUCAGUAACAUAACCUAAAAAUCAAGCUUUAAUUUAUUUUUAAAUUUUUAAGUGUACCAAUGCCUAAAUCUCGUGUUAAAAGACCGACGUUCCCAGUAGCAUUGAAAGUGAACGGCCUAAUUUUAUCAGAGAGCUACCAGAAAUGUAAAAUUUACGUAGAGAAACUACGGAAGUAUCACAGAAACGAUUUCUUGGUACCGUCGGUUAAAGGGUUUCUCGAGGUCGACUGGCUGGAGUACCUGGCUCGGCUAAGGAAGGACAUUGGAGGUCAAACUUGGGCAGUGACAAAGGGUGUAGUUGUUUUCGUAGAUGGCAUCUUCAUAGGAGGCGAAGAAGAAUUAUUUUCAAGGUUCUGUUCUGUUUACAAGUUCAAACUCCCAGGAGCCGAAGCGAUAAGGGCCGCUGCGAAGAAAGAAUAUUUACAUUAUCUUGACAAGGAAAAUCUGAUUUACGUGUAUUUAGAGAUAGCGGUUUCGGGGAAGUUUGCAGGUACCAUGCUGUUUGAAUUGAGGGCUGACAUGUUGCCGAAGACAAGCACAUGGUUUGCACUGCAUUGUGACCCCUCGAACCACAUGGGGUACAGUUAUAAAGGGAGCAGUAUCCAUAGGAUCUGCAAGAGUGGAUGGUUUCAAGCAGGUAGGGAUCAGGUUUAUAAUCCAAAGUUCAUGGAAGAUGAAUCUUUCUGCUACAAACACGACCGAAGAGGAAUUCUCUCAUUCGCAAACGAAGGUAAAUGUACAAAUAGGACUGAAUUUUUUGUUACUUUCAAACCUUCCAUGUGGAUGGAUCAAUAUUACGUUGCUUUCGGGAGGAUGGUAGAGGGCAGUAGUGUCUUGAAUAGGAUCGAGAACACGAAGUGUACUUACGAAACACCCGAUGAUCUCAUUACCAUCGAGGACUGCGGUUUGGCUAAGGUGGGGAUGGGGAAAAGGAUGCCUGAGAUGCAGAGAAUGAAGGGAUUGACAAUCGGAGAGCCUCACAUUGAUCCCGAGACCUUUAUGGAUCUCAUCUUUGAACAAUUCUGUGCAGUUCUUUUUGAGCGCUUGGAUACAGAGGUGAAAUUUAAGUUUCAUCAACAAUGGAUCGGCGAGAUGCUGUGGGAGAGGGUUCACGCAGUUCUCUACACUAAGAUACCUCCUCCAGACGUUUUAGACUUGAAAGACCGAUCUUCCAAGGAAUACUUUAUGGAACAUUAUCUCGCUGGUCUCUAUGGACUCAGAGACAUUCCUGACCACUACAUCCACAAGAUAUUGAACCAAUUGGUCGAAGACGCUGUGGAACGAAGUGGCAUCAUCGAAAUGGCUGAGAGCAUCGUGGAAUUGAUUCUAGAUUUGGUAAAGAAGAGAUCAGAAGCAAUAACUCAGGGAAUGGUUGAUGAUCUAGUGGAAUAUGUGAUUAACAACGUUUACAGAAUCGUUUUCGGACAAGAUGAAGCAAUAGACAGACCUCAAGAAGGUAUGAUUUCUAAAUCGUUAUCAAAAGUUCUGAGCGAAAUUAAGUACACUGAGACGACUGUAAAUGAUCUGCAAUCAACUUUUUUGCAAGGGAGCGAAUUGGAAGGGCAUUCAAGCACUAAAAAAAUAGUUGUUGAAUACAUUUGGGAAUCUCUUUUGAACUUUUUGGAGAACAAAGACUAGCACUUUAAUGUUUACUUUUGUUUAUUAAACUCACUAAACAUCUGUA